AUGUCCCAAUCUUCUGAUGAUGAAAUUUUUGCUCCUCCAAAGAGAUUUAGGUUAUACACCAAAUUAAACAAGAGGAGAUCAAGGACAGGUGCCAGCCGAAAGUCGACAAAUCAGACCAAUGCAAUUCAGGCAAUCGACAACGAUAUAAAAUGUAAACGUCCUCCAUCCAGAACUACAUUUUCGGAAAAUGACCCCACGAUCAAACCACCAAAGUCUCCCAGGCCUCUCAAAAAACCAUCUCAUCUCGAUUUCGAGAGGUCUAUAGAUGUUAUCCCAGCCACACCCAAGUUGCUUCCCUCUUGUGAACCUGUUUCGCAGUCUUCUAUUUCGUCGAGUGAAGAAGAGUUUCAACCGCCAAAGUCUCGAUUUUCUAUGCGUAAGAUUAAACUGACCAACGCCGACAAUCUCAAAAAGCGUGCAGAAAUAAUACCUGCAUCAGAUGCACAUCGUUUGGCUAUGGAACGGGGACAAAUGGUGUUGGAACAGACUGCUAAAUCGUUUAACGCUUCCGUAUAUAAUGCGCCAGCAUCCCCACAAUUUCAAGAGUCUAAAUUGACACGAAGAAGUAGGAAAGGAAUCGACAUGUGGCAGUUGCAAAGUAUCGGUAGUUGUAACGAGAGCGAGGGAAACAGUGUCAACGUGUGGACAAUGUCUGUGGGAAACUAA